CCCCUCGUGCCUUCCCUGCCGGGUCCUGCUGCUUCCCGGAGGCCCUGGAGGUGCAGACUGUGGUCCAUGGGGCCCUCGGUGCUGCCCACCUGGCUGCAGCCCAGGUAUAGGAAGAAUGUGUAUCUUUUCAUCUAUUACCUAAUCCAGUUCUGUGGCCACUCGUGGAUACUGACAAAUAUGACAGCCAGGUUCUUCUCAUUUGGAAAAGAUUCAAUGGUCGACACAUUUUAUGCUAUUGGGCUGGUCAUGCGGGUUUGCCAGUCUAUUUCCCUCCUGGAGCUGCUGCACAUUUAUAUUGGCAUUGAAUCAAAUCAUCUUUUCCCAAGGUUUUUACAGCUCACAGAGAGAGUGGUCAUCCUUUUUGGAGUGAUCACCAGUCAAGAGGAAAUCCAAGAGAAAUAUGUGGUGUGUGUUUUAUUCAUCUUUUGGAAUCUUCUGGAUAUGGUAAGGUAUACAUACAGCAUGUUAUCAGUCAUAGGAACAUCUUAUGCUGUCUUGACAUGGCUCAGUCAAACACUGUGGAUGCCAAUUUACCCUCUGUGUGUUCUUGCUGAAGCAUUUACCAUCUAUCAGUCACUGCCUUAUUUUGAGUCAUUUGGCACCAACUCCACCGUGCUGCCGUUUGACGUGUCCACCUAUUUCCCUUAUGUGCUGAAACUGUAUCUCAUAGUGCUCUUCAUAGGUAUGUAUUUCACCUUCAGCCAUCUUUAUAUGGAAAGAAAAGAUGUCCUCAGAGUCUUUUCUGUCAAACAGAAGAAGAUGUAAGGCAGCAUUCCUGCCCAUUGCACAAGAGAGAAGACGGGCUGGCGGGCCAACCUGCAGCAUAUACAACACUAGGCAUAUGCUAGAGAAAAAGAAUCCAGAACUUGACAACAACCUGUUACAUGAAUUACUGCACACACCAACACAGUCUGUUCCUCAUCGACUGUGCUUUACAAACAAAUCCCCCCCCCACACACAGCACAUUUUGCUGCACCAAGGCUGUGGACUUGACACAAGUCACAUUUAUACUGUGUGAAGUCUGAAUGUCUUUGUGUGAAGUUAAUGAGAAAUAGAUUCAGAGGGGUAGGUUCAAUUGAUUUGAGAAACCAAUUGAUUAACUUCUGCAAUCACAACUAGCAGAUUUAUAGGAAGGGAAGGCUGUAAAGUAUCCUCUUUAAUUCUGGGAUAACAUGUUCUCCACCCUUAGAGCCAAUCACCUUGAACAUUGCAUACACUUGGAUACUCUACAGACAAAUGCCCCUGCCCUUAGAGUCAAUACCCUUGAACAUUACAUAUACUUAGAUACUCUAUAGACUAAUGCCCCCACCCUUAGAGUCAAUCACCUUGAACAUUACAUAUACUUACUCUGCAUAUUAAUGCCCCCACCCUUAGAGCCAAUUCCUUUGAUUAUUACAUAUAUUUUGAUACCUAUCAAACAUUUUUCUGUGUCUUAGCUCAGGCUGCUGCUGUGUCAUAAAGUGCACCCCCCCUCCCAUAGGACUUGAUUGUCAAAACUACAGAAAUUUAUGUUUUACAGUUCUGGAGGCUUGGACAUCCAAGAGCAAGAUACUAGCCAAUUCAGUAAGAUUUGUGUAGAUGUAAACUAUAGAUCUGAGCUGAUCAGCUACUCUGGCAGGAAUACUGCUAGUUUGAGCUGUAGUUAAUAGAUAGAUUUCUUGGAACUUGACAGAAUGAACCCUUGAGCUCUUUGGGGAAAUAUAUAUAUAUAUAUAUAUACAUACAUACAUACAUACAUACAUAUAUAUAUAUUCAUUCUUCUCUAAGACCGGGGAAGGGGUGCUCUGAAUCAAAGAUGAUCAGAGCUGCCUCCUAAGUUGCAUGAGGGAAACUUAUCAACUCUAAUUUGUGAGCUGCCAUGUGGUUGCUGGGAAUUGAAUUCAGGACCUCUGGAAGAGCAGUCAGUGCUCUUAAGCCCUGAGCCACCUCUCCAGCCCUGUCAACUCCAUUUGCAUGAUGAUAGGUUCCCUAACAAAACGGGGGCUUCCAUUCCAGAUGCCCUUUCUUCCUCAGCUCUGACCACAGUCACCUUUAUCAAACCCACCUUAAAGCUCUCCCCCCUUCCAUUUCACUGCAAAGCUCCUCUCCAUCUACUCUGUGAUUGCAUCAGUGUCUCGCCUCCUGUAUCCACUGCUCUCUUAGUCUGGAUUGCUGCCACCAAGUAAUAUUAAAACGAGUGAUUCUGGAAAUCAAAAAGCCCACCACCAAGAUGACAAGUGACAAAUGAUUCUUGAGUGUGGGAUGCAGAUGGAUGCCUUCUUGCUGUGCUCCCACAUGGUAGAGAAAGAAAGCACCUCUCCCAGGUCCCUUCUUGUGAACUUCAUCCCUACUUACUUCGCAAAGGCCCACCGCCAAUAACUUCCACUACAAAAGAAGUUGACAUCUACUAAUUCAAGUCAUAAAAUGUUUUUAGCUGCUCCUUGGUUAAAAUGGAGCCAUUACAUUAUGACUGUAACAUGAUUUUUAGCCAAUUGUGCAGAUACCUGCAGCUUUGCCAAAUGCACACUUUUAAAAUCUGUGUUUGGAUACUUCCUUGAGGCAUAAUGUAGCUUUAACCCUAUGCUGGUGCAUCCCAAAAUACUGGUUGUCUUGGCAACUUGUGUUUUCAAAAGCUGACAAGAGAGAACUUAAAACAAAGACCCCCCUUUAUAUAGGCAAGAACAUGGUCAAAAAAAAAAAAAAAGGCAGCAACUCAGUUGUGUAAAACAAAGUGGAGCAUCUUGAAGGAACCAUUUGAUUCUUAUCUGGAGAUCAUACAGGUUACCAGGAGGCUAUUAUUAUUCAGUUGGCAUACCUCUGAGCUUAAUCUUAUUUAGAAUCCUUAGAGGCCCAAUAGGCAGAAAAACCACGUGACUUCCAACCAUGACUGCUCAAAACAGAAAGAACUAGGAAAGAGGAGACUGUGGAUUACUUUAUUUCCUUCUUUUCGUAAACUUCUGUUUUCUUGUGAAGGACAGGAGGAAAUACCAGGUUCGAAAAGAAAUUGGGCUGAAAAGACAUGAGAAAUCUGAAAUUUGAAGUCUAGGCAGAUUCUUCCUUUCCUUGGCAUCAGCAAAUGUUGGGUUGCUGAUUCACGAUGUCUCCAGUGCCCACUUCCUCUUCAGUACUCAUUGUCUCCUGAGUUCCCAAGGUACCCUGGAAUCCAGAGCUCUUUAAUGUGUGCAGACAAGCUUGGUCUGCUAGGCUAGUCUAUCAGACUUCCCAGGACCUGGUGUUUCUCUCAGCAGAUCUGCAUCUUAAAGUGGGAGCCAAGGUGUCUGAUGCAGUAGCAAUAACUUUGGAUCUUAGGCUCUAGGACCUUGGUUUUAGGUAAAACUCUCCCACUUUCUAGAUAUUUUUGCUCCGUUUUAAACCAGAAAACAGUGCUGCCUAUGGUAUUGUUGAAAGACUCCAAAUAAGCUAAGGCAAAUGAAAAGUCUAGUGUGCUCAUGGUCAGGCACCCCAGAGUAAUUGUAGAAGACUUUCAGUCUCUAGUUUAGGGAGUGUACAAUAGCGCCCGUGGGAGGAGAAAAAAGCGCUGGUGUAAAUAGCUACCCCCUUUUUCCUCGGUUGGCUUGAACUUAUUUCCCUGUAGUCCAACUUGUAAAGAAAUUAUAUAUCUGGAAAAUAAAAGUAGUGCUACUUUGAACUUGGCAGGUGCACUUUGGAACUAGAAGGUAUGUGCUACCUGUGAGUAGAAGUCGUAAGGUGUUUGUGAAGCAUAAGGCACUGUCUGAGUGGCAGACAAAAGCACCUCCCAUCAGUGUCACAACUUUCUUCCUAAUGAUUCCGUUUGUACAUUUAUGAUGAGUUAAGACUGAACCCAGUUGAAGUCACAAUAAUUAGUGAGCAUCGAAAUUAAGAUGCGGCCUGAGUCUCCACUCAUUGAGGUGGCUGAAAUUGUGAUACUAUCACAAACCUUGCACGGAUCUCUCCGGUGAAGUGAACUGUACUUAUAAAAAAGACUGAUCUACUGAGGAGAUUUUUAUCCUUUUUGCUAGUCUAGCAUCCUACUCUUUCUUCUGGGGAAACUUAGUUCCAACUGUUUGCUUGGGGCUGCCUCCCCUGUGACUUAGGCCUGGCCACCGAGUGUAUCCCACCUGCCAGGGCCCAGAUAUUUGUUUAGAGACCCAUAUGGAUGGCUUCUAGAGUUCUCACAGCACUGAUUCUCCUGUGCCUGUGGGGAAAAGAACUACUUUACCUUUGAGACUGCUGGCAGACACCUUGCCAGGUAGGAGGCAAGAUCUCCAGAGGAAAAGAUCACAGCAUCACAGGAUUCAUCAGACCAACACUGAUUUUCUCUGUGAACCAAUAGUCUCCUUUGCAGCUACUGCUUUUGUGAAUGGGGUAACUUUCACUUGUACUCAUCACAACCAUGCCCAGGAGUUAUACCUAUCACUGAUGAGCCUAACCUGGGUACCAGUUGGUGUCAUGCCUAGUGAUUUGAAUGUGCCUAGCAGUUUUCUUAAGUGUGUUUUGUCAACAGGAAUAAAAUUUGUCUAACUCACUGA